AUGGAACACACCUUACUUACCUUGACCCUUGGCUUACUGCUGACUGUCAGCUCGUGCCUGAACAGCGAGGACGUAUUUCCAGCCAUUUCACAGCACAGCGUAGACAAACGGUCACCGGUGAUCCCCUCUCUUGACGAGGAGAAUGCCGUAGAAGUUUCUGACGAUCAGUUAGACUCACCCUAUGAUCCGGAAGACACAGAUAAGCGAGGCGGUCUGUUCCGAUUCGGCAAACGGCAAGGGAGCCUCUUCAGAUUCGGUAAACGUCAGGGAAGUCUCUUCAGAUUCGGAAAAAGAGGUUCACUCUUCAGAUUCGGAAAAAGACAAGGCAGCCUGUUCCGGUUUGGCAAGCGAGGAGGGAGCCUGUUCCGGUUUGGCCGCAGUGGGACUGCCCAGGAUCUUGAGGACGAUGCUCAGCUUGAUAAGAGGACCCUCUUCCGGUUUGGUAAACGUUCAGACGUCCUGCCUCACGUCUUAGCUCAAGCCGACCUCUUGAACAAUUCACCGUACCUAGAUAAUAUUGAUAAUUAA